UACCGGAAGUGGGCCGUCAAUGUAGCGCAUCAUCCACAAAUACAAUAAAAAAUACAUCCGUGUGUUUUUCUAAGCACCCGGAUACAGUCGUUUUAUGCAAACAUUUUUCUGAACUAUGGCAGGAACUGAGGGACGGACUCCACCGAAUCGAUUAAGGGUUGGGCCAUGUGGUGCUGAGCAGUGUGCCAUGCAGAGGAGACACAGCAGCAACACGGAUGGCAUGCCCUUUGACAGGAUUGUUCCUGUGCUUGUUCUUCCUCAUAUUUGCCAAGCCCAACCUGAACAGCUUCGAUUUCUUUGAUCUGAUUUGGGCGGUGGGCAUCACUGACUUUGUCCUGAAGUAUGUGACCAUUGGUGUGAAGUGCUUCAUCCUCUUUCUGCCCAAGAUUCUCUUGGCCUUCAAAUCCAGGGUGAUCAUGUGCACGUGGGUGUUGAUCUGGCCUGAGGCGGAAGAACAUGUCUGGAAACGCAGACAUUGAACGACCGGGAUAUCAAUGCAGGUGAAGCCGAGGUGUGUGGUGUGUGGUGUGUGUUUGCUGGGUAGAGAGGCAGAAGGGCUACAAAGUAUGAGGAUUACAUUUUCCACUGAUAAACAAAGCUGCUGGCCUGUCAGAACGACAGCAACCAUUAACUGAGCUCACUGGUCCCUGAGGGGGUUUGCAGGGGUGAGGUCAUCCCUCCCCGGAGCAGGACCAUUACUUUUGGCAUACACAUGCUCACUGGUGCACACAGACGUACGUGACUUAAUGGCAUGGGGAAUCCCAGAAUUCAUCAUCACCACCUCUUAUGUGUUUGCCUCAGUCUUUAGAGUUGACUACUGCAGUACAACUUCCUGAUUAAUUAGCCCGGUUUGUUUAUUAGUUAAUAAUUUUUAUUCUCAUAGUAUACUAGGGUUGAGUGAAAUGUGAAAUUUUUACAGUAUAUUGAUAUGUUUAUCCGGCUGAUAUAUUUGUAAAUUCAGUUUAAAUGUAAAUACACGUAUGUGAUUAUACAUUUUACGUGACCCUAUUUGAAUUCCAGGCGACCCCAUGUGGGGCCACAAUCCCAAGAAAAAACAUUGAAAAACAUUGUCCUAAUGUUAUAUUUAUUUCUGGCUGUUUCUCCUUUCUCUCCACCUUUGAAUAGUCUCACCUUCACCCCACAUGCUGAGCAACGACUCUAUGAGUGUCUGGCAAGAGGCUAGCAAUUUACAGAAGCGGAGGAAACUUUAAUUGGUUAAAAAGGAAAAAAAAAGUAGUAUGCUAAAAACCAGUUCAAACUAAACGUUUAAGCAGCUGCAAGAAAUAGUAAAAAGUACAUCAUUAAAAUAAAAUUAAAAAAAUAUAUCAAUAUAUGUUAUGUUAUAUAUGUUAUAUAUGUUAUAUGUAUUGUUAUAUUUUUGACGGUAUUAACAGUAAUACAUUAAGUUAUAUGUUUUUUUCACCCAUAAUUUUCUAUAUUUUACACACAUAUGUAAAUAUAUACACACAGA